UCCCGCUCCCGCCCCGCGGUGCCAAGAUGGCGGCGGCGGCGCGGCACCGGUAACGGUGGCUAUGGAGGGGGAGGGCGGCUCGCUGGGCCCCGGCGAGCGCUGGGCGCCGGUGGGCGCCGUGUCGGCGGAGGAGGAUGAGGAAGAGGAAGAAGAAGAGGCGGCCACGGGGGGAGAGUCGCCGGAGUCGGUGCCGCGGCUGCGGGCCGAGCGGCGCCGGCUGCACGGGGCGCUGCUGGCGCUCGCCUCACACUUCGCUCAGGUGCAGUUCCGGCUGCGGCAGGUGGCCCGGGCCGGCCCGGCCGAGCAGCAGCGCCUGCUCCGCGACCUCGAGGAUUUCGCCUUCCGCGGCUGCCCCGCGCCGCUUCCCCACGGUCUCGGCGGCGCUCCGGGCGAGCAAGAGAAGCAGGAGCAAAUUGAGGUCCAGAAGGAGAAGCACAGAGAGCUGAUCCUGCAGCUCAAGACACAGCUGGAUGACCUAGAAACCUUUGCUUACCAAGAGGGCAGCUAUGAUUCUCUACCACAGUCUGUGGUUAUGGAAAGACAACGGAUGAUUAUAAAUGAGUUGAUAAAGAAGCUGGACAUGGACUUGAGUGAAGAUUUUGCAACGCUCACUCCAGAGGAACUGCGGCAGCGGGUGGAUGCUGCCAUAGCACAGAUUGUGAAUCCAGCCAGGGUGAAGGAGCAGCUGGUGGAGCAACUGAAGACCCAGAUAAGGGACCUUGAAAUGUUCAUUAACUUCAUUCAGGAUGAAGUUGGAAGCUCUGGUAAGGCAGAAGAUGGCCACUGUGACUGUGGAGGCUCCUACAAACCCAGCACCCGGCCUUCUGGGAACAGAGUGAACCCAGAAGAUGCCAGAAGGAUGCAAGAAACGGGCCUGCAGCUCAUGCGCCGCGUGCUGGCCGUGCUGCAGAUCUUUGCUGUCAGCCAGUUUGGCUGUGCCACGGGUCAGAUCCCUCGCACCCUCUGGCAGAAGGACCGAGACAACCAGGACUUCUCCCCCUUAAUUGAGAAACUGGAGCUGUCGGUGGAGCGGGUGAGGCAGCUUGCCCUGAAACACCAGCAGACAGAGCAUGUUAUCUGCUCCUCUGAGCUGCAGGACGUUCCCCUGGGAGGCAGAGACGAGCUGACUCUGGCUGUGCGCAGGGAGCUGACGGUGGCUCUGCGGGACCUGAUGGCUCACGGGCUCUACGCCUCUUCCCCAGGCAUGAGCCUGGUGUUGGCCCCCAUCGCAUGCCUGAUUCCCGCCUUCACGCCCUCGCCGCGGACCAUGCACCCCUGGGAACUCUUUGUCAAGUAUUACAACGCUAAGAACGGACAAGCCUUCGUGGAAUCGCCAGCUCGAAAGCUUUCCCAGUCCUUCGCCUUGCCUGUGACAGGAGCAGUGGUGGCUACCCCCAAGCAGAGCCUGCUGGCAGCCAUCCACACGGUGCUCACCGAGCACGGCCCCUUCAAGCGCAGCGCCGACUCGGAGCUGAAGGCGCUGGUGUGCAUGGCGCUCAACGAGCAGCGCCUGGUCUCGUGGCUCAACCUCAUCUGCAAGUCUGGAGCUUUGGUUCAGUCUCACUACCAGCCCUGGAGCUACAUGGCCAACACCGGCUUCGAGAGCGCGCUCACCCUCCUCAGCCGCCUGAGCAACUUGAAGUUCAACCUCCCGGUUGACCUGGCUGUUCGGCAGCUGAAAAACAUCAAAGAUGCUUUUUGAUGUGU